GAAGCGUGUGUGUCGGCACGGCUCGUGUGACCAGAACUACGGCUGUGUCUGUGACCCCUGCUGGGCUGGAGACUCCUGCAAUGAAUACGUGGACCAGUUCGGGCCGACAUUCGCCACCAGGGAGGCGUUCCACAAGGUCUCCGACACGCCUGAAGGCCUGUCCUACUCCCUGCAGGUGAAUGACGAGGACCUGGGGCUGACCUGCCCGCUGGGCGUGUCGGGACCGCCGGCCCGCUGUCCGUGCUCGGUGGUCGAGUACCGGCUCAUCAGCUCUGAGCUGGGCACGGACGCCGUCCACCUGGACCCCGAGACGGGCGUGGUGACCAUCACCGACCGCACCAAACUCGACUGCUCGCGCCGAUACCGGCUGCACAUCGAGGCGCACGCUACACCUCCGGUGGACGCCGACGUCCGACCGCGCCGAGACGCCAUGAACCUGACCCUGUACUGCGCCUCUGACCUGGACGCCGAGCUGCGCCGAGCCAUGGAGGAGGCCGCCAGCCUGGAGCAGGCUCCAUCCGACGCGCUGCUACUGCCGCCCGAGAACGCCCUCGAGGAACUCGACCGACACAAACGAGACGCGGCUGGAGCGAACCCGGAGGACACGGCCAUGAGCCUGGUGCGCACCAUGGGGGUGGGUGUGACCUCGCCCAAGAUCGGCGCCGUGCUCUCCUGGGAGUUCACCAUCCAGCUACCGACCAUCACCGACAUGGACAUGAUCGUCGAGGCGUUUGUCGCCAACCUCGACUCCGGUCGUUCCGUGUUCAAAAUUACCGACAUGUCCGUGACGUCCUUCGGCUCCGGCGUCACCAGCUCUAUCGCCGCCGCCAGCACCGCCAAUGCCUUCACGGGCGUCAGCGGAGAGACCUUCAAGAACAGCUUCAACAGUGAUGUUACGGACAGGGCGGUGAUCCAGCUGGGCUCCCUCAGCAACACGGACACGGCCGGCAGCGGCGUGGCCGAUGCCAGCAACAUCAAGAUCAGCCUCAGCGCCAUGGUGAUCCACAACCCAGACGUGGUGCCCGAUCCGACGGAGACGGAGAAGGAGUACGUCACCAUCGGCGCCGAAUACAGUGGCUCCAACUACAUCCUGAUCUCGAAUGACGCCUUCUCGCCCAACUCCCAGGCCACCGACAUUGUAACCGGCAUGGGCACCCUGACAGCGGUGACGGCCGCCGUCUCGGUGAACCAGUACUCUGGCGGGUGGGCAGAGGUGUCGCUGCCGGUAGUAGCCGCCAUGGGCACCGUCCAGGUGGAGGCUCACAUCGCAGGAGUCGCGGACGAGGACGCCCUCAGCAUCGGCGGCUCGUGGGUGGAACUGGGCGCGGAUUUUGCCGAACCCAGUGGAGCCUUCAACGGUGACGAGUACCGCACCAACCAGGUGAUGAGCAGGAGCGGCGGCGCCCGCCGGCUCUCCAGCUUCGAGUUCGACUUCCUGCAGACGGGCGACAGCGCCGCAUCCAGCGCCGAUGCGGGCCGCGCGAUGACCAUCAAGAUUCCGGUGUACGCCACAAAGAAUGCCCUGGUCGGCUCCAGCGGCCUCCUAGUCGUGUUCGUCCGCGUCAAGGAUCGUCUCACAGGCGCGUUCGUGGACGCGGGCGCUUCGGUGAACAUGCCGGUCACAGUGCUGGCCGGCACCGCGCCCACCGCCGCCGGAUCCAUGACGCUUAUCGACCGGAGCACCGUGGUCAGCACCGGCCUGGACGUCCCGCUCCGGAGCGUGGUGGAAUACAACGUGGUGGCCACCGUCAGCACGGGGGACUCGUACAUCGCCAGCGAGACGCUCACCCUGGACACCUCCGCUGCUGCUGGUCUGCGCGCCUGCGACGUCGAGGUUCUCGCCCUGGGUACCAACAUCCUGCACAUCGAAUCGGCCACGAUCGCCUUCACGCCUGAGAACGGAGACACCUCGGCUGUACUCACCAUCACCGGACUGAGAGGCACCGAACUGACCACGAACCCCAAGGGUUACGAGGUGACGUUCCGUGUGGCUGUGAGGGCAGACGUUAGCGGGGCCGGCACCUACACCCUCGGAGGCACCUCCUUCACCCUGGACAGCGUCAACGCCACGGGGGAGCCGACGGGCACCCAGCCGACGGUGACAGUGGCGGCGGCCGGUGGCACUGCCGCCUACAUCGGCAGCCAGUUCGGCAUCGAGCUCACUGUGGAGUACCCAGUGGAGGACCUGGCCUCCACCGGCGACGCCGACUUCCAGGUGGAGUUCGUCAACGACCUGCGCCUCUCGUACGAGGUGCGCAUGUGCUCGGUGCACGUGGUAUACGUGGGCCGUGACCUGCCCUGCGCGCGCAGCAAACUCACCGGAGACCUCCCGCUCACCUUCUCACUGUCGAACACCACGCGAACCAACAACGAUGUGGUGGCCACCACCCUGCCGCUGACGUGCGCCACCCGCCGCAACUCGCAGGAGGCCCUCCACCGCUCCGUAGUGCUCAGAGCUGUCGGAGAGGUCGUCGCUGGACAGACACUGUCAGAGACGGCGUUCAACCCGGGCGCCGGCCUGGUGUUUGACGACAGCACACUGUACGCCGGUCUGGUGAGCGACAUGACGCUGGCUGCCGCGCUCACCGCCUACACAAGCACUGCCGGCGACCCGACCGUCAGCAUCAGCAGCCCGGGCACCCUGACCUACGGCAAGGUCCACAUGGUGAACGUGAUCGUGUACGUGCCUCCGGGGGCGCACAGUCCCAUGCUGAGCAUCACAGCCACCUCCUCGAACCCGGCCGCCUUCCGCGUGGAUCGUAUCUACCUGAGCCGCGUGGGGCGCAACUUCGGCUGCCUGAGCACCUCCAACCGGCUGGUGAACCUGGACCAGCUGAGGGAGACCGACCCGGCCGCCGUGCCUGAAACCUAUCCGGCCUUCUCCGUGGACUCGGACGAAGUGCUGGGCAGCAGCGUCACCAUCACACUGGGCCCCGUCAGCAACGUCGGUCCGGCCGCCAGUGUAGGCAUUCUGAACACGGUCGACACGACCAACGUGAUGGAGGGCGACAACCACAUCGUGCUGGCGGUGGCCGUGCAGGGCAUCAUCGGCGCCGACGGCGUCGUGCCCGCCGACGGCGCCUUCGACCUGACCGUGUCGGGCAUGAAGGACUCGGCGGGCACCAUCGCCGCCACCACCGGCACCAUCACCCUGUCCGGCUCGGACACCCAGUACCUGGCCACCGAUGGAGCUCUGAGUUCAACGUUCACACCCCGCAACGGCAGCACCGUCUACAGAGGAAUUCCGAAGGUUGUUGAUCUGGUGACCACUCUACCGGAGGGCUUCUACGGCACACUGAAGGUACAAUGUCUGCACGGUGCUGCCGACACAACUCAGUGGGAGGUGAAGGGGGCGGCAGCCGUGCGGCACGGCCAGAACGUGCACGGCGUGUGGUCGGCGGAGGCCAAGGCCACCAUCACCCCCGGCACUCUUGGAGGUAUGGAGCUGAGCGCUCAGGCUGACCUGGUGCUGCGUGAUGUGACCCGACUGGAGACGGUGCCCACCGCCACCACCGAGGACAACCAGCUGCGGGUGGCCUGCGUAGCGCUGGUGCCGGCAGUCUCGGACGUCGGCAGCUCCAUCACCAUGCAGGCGGUGCUGAUGGACAGCGCGGACGCCGCCAUCGGAACACCGCUGGAGGCGACGCUCACCGUGUCGUCAGAUAGCCCGCCAGCCACCGACGCUGCGUCCUUCAACACCAACCAGACCGUCGACCUGAGCGGCAACACGGUCACGCCGUCUGCCAGCAUCGGCCAGUACAUGUGGGUGCCCUUCCGGCUCAUCGUACCGCCCGGCAUCCACGACUCCGAGCUGGCCAUCGUGACGGCCACGGACACCGCCCGUGCCUUCUACACGGUGCACGGAAUCCGCUACGGUGCCAACAUGGGCGCCGACGUGUUGGGGGCGCCGCUGCUCACCGAGGAGCUGCUCAACUUCACCCACACCAACCGCAACCUCACCCACAAGAGCCAGUUCGACUCGCUGCUGGUCAGCCUGGGCCACAUCACCAACCUCGGUCUGAGCAGCGAGAUUUACCGCGGAAAGGGCAGCGAUGCCGAGUGGGGUAUGGAGCUCGAGGUGCAGAUCCAGGUCACGGACCAUCCCCAGCUGCGCGCGACUAGCACGGCCACCAAGCCGCUCUACAUCUCAUUCAAGCUGGGCGACAUUAUCGUGGUGGAGACCCAGGACGUGACGGCGACACUGGCCGGCUCUGAGAAGGUGGACCUGCAGACCAACCUGACACUCAAACAGCCGGAAAAGACGCAGUACGAUAAGGAGAUUGACCAGAAGGUCGGUAUGACGGUGAUGGUAAGCCACAGCAACACAUCCACUCUGGAGGCCAUCGACGCGCGAGUCGUCAUCAUCUUCCCUCCCUACAUGAACUACACCGAGGGCGACGUGGAGACCAACGCCUCGUCCAUCACCGUGCUCUUCAAGGGCUCCAGCGUGGCGCUCGUGGUGGGCGACAUCUACUUCACCGACAUUUUCACCGUCGACUUCAACGCGUCCAUCGACCCGAACUACGUGCGAGGUCGCGGCUCGGGCUGGGCCAACGCCACCACCCUGGCCCGUCCCAUCUGUAAACCAACGCUGGACACCAACGCGUACGCCCGCUGCGGCCCAAUGACCUACACCAUGUACGAGGUCAGCAAUCCGGAAUGUUUCGAGCCGCUGCUGGCGACGCUCGUUGACUGCAAGUUCUCAGUGUCGGCAGCCAUCGAGAGGAGCACCUCGUACGGUCCGCCCGCCAUCAAAACCACCGGGCUCGGCUGGCGGCCGCCGGUGCGGGACGAUCCCUCCUGGACCAGUCAGUACGUGGAGGUGCGCUUCGGCGUUCCCACGCGGGUCUCCGGAUGGAAAGUCAUCAACGACGGCAUCCGCAAGGUCACCCAGGUCAAGCUGAUGGCCAGCGACGACGGCCUCUUCUUUCAGGAGAAGUAUACGGGCACGGUGACCGAGGGGAUGGCCAUGGAGGCCCUCGGGGACAGCAGCUUCCGCGCCAAGAACGUGCGUAUCGUCAUCAGCGCCGCCGACGCCGACGCCUCCAGCUACAUCCAGAUCAGAGCCGAGCUGUACGGCUGCCAUACUGACACCGUGGCGGACAGCACGUGUCCGGACAUCACCGACAACACCAUCUACAGCAGCGAACCCUAUAAGUGGCGACACUUUGCCGUCGACACCACCAACAGCAUCAUUUACUACUGCGACUACGACAUGGCCAAGGAUGCUAUGCUCUGCUUCGCCUCGCGAGAUGACGUCGUCUGGAUCGGUCAGCCCAAGUACAUCGGUCAGCUGCUCGGCCACUCUGGCGGCAAGAUGUACGCCCGGGACAGCAAGCUGACGUCGACGCUGGCCUCCAACGACGGCGAGCACUGGGAGACGGUGGCCGCCGCGGACGUGCCGGCCGCGCUCGACGACGUCAUGGUGGUGAAGGGCACCACGUCCAGUGACUCGGAGACCGUCAGCCAGGGCGACUACCAAGGUGACUACUUUGGUAUCCAGAAGGCCGGUACCUACCUGGUCAAGUGGGGCAAGUGCUGCAACUAGUCGCGCUACCCGAGCGCACCACUAUACCCAUGCCUCGCCCUACCCCGGGCGCUCUCAGCCAGCGAGAAUGACCGCAUCGACAGACGAGCUAGCAGAGGACCGUCAGAGCUUGUCGCAGAGGACAUGGUUCUCCCUUACCCCAUUGGAUGUCGCCCCGUGUGCAAUAUGAUCAUUGUUCCUCGACAACGCGUACCUGUUACGUCAAAUGCUUCGAAGAUUUAGUUGCUUAGCAUCAAUGUUUUCAGCUACCGAUAAGUGUUUUAUUGCCUAUACAAGAGCUUUAAAUGGAAAUCCCACCCGAGCUAGCCUGCCCUUCGUAAAGUAUGGACGGACCCGCUGAAAAACUGCGGACUUGUUGGCAUUAUCCGGCCGGUACAAUUGCUGUUAAGAACAUUUAAUAAUUAUAUUUGCUCUAAUAGCUACACUACCCCGAAAAUAGCUUUUCUACCAAGUGAGAGCAGCAGCCACAAAUGUUAGACUAGAUAUGGAGUUACAAAUCUAGUAGAUAUGUGCAGAAUAGUAUAUUGAUACCACCGAUGUGGGUGUAUGCGCAGGAUUCAGGCUAAUAUCAGAGACUCAGACGUUGGGCUGUCAUCAGAUACUAAAAUGGAGAGCAGCUCACACGGUGGUGAAACAGUGCCUUAUUCAGAUUUAGUGAUCUCAUUUGUAUCUAAAGUGGUUCUAAUAAAUGUUAUUUCACGUC